AUGGCUGAACUUCAGCGGUAUACACGUAAAGACAACUUGAUUCUGUCUGGAGUUCCGGAAUCGAAGAAUGAAUCUGUGUUCGAAGUGUUUGACCAAAUAUCUAAUAUUUUGGGGAGCUCGAUGAAAUCUAAGGACUGCUUGAGCAUAUCUCAUAGGAUGCCUGGUAGGGUGCAGGGCGCAGUAAAACCCAUCGUCUACAAGUUCAUUAAGCGGCAGGACAAAUUAGCAUGGCUUAAUGACUUUAAAAAAAUGGCUAGUAAAGAUAAAUCUGGUCCGGGUAUCUCGACCAGUGUUGUGAACAAAAAGCUGCCAGCUGGGCGUAUUGUGGCUCACGACCACCUGCCACCUUUCUUCCUGGAGCUCUUCAAAAAGGCCAAACAACAAGCCUCCACCAAGGGAUACAAAUUUGUCUGGAUCAGGGACGGCAGGAUAUUGUUAAGGAAGGUCGAGGGAGGACAAGUGCUACAUAUUCGAGACGAGAAGGACUUGAGCAAGAUAACAUGA